AUGUCAAACCCGGCCGCCAAUCCCGAGCUCUACGGCCGACCGAAACCAAAAAACUCCAUCCCAUCCAAUCUCUCAUCAACAUCCGCCCUAGCUCUUUCCAGCGAACUCGCCCGAUUAACAUCAUCAGGAAAAACACAAGGUCGUAAACGACCCGCCACGUCUUCCAAAGAUGAUAUCUUCCGCAAGGGUUCCAAUAAAGGUGUUUCCAGCCGAGCAGCGAAAGAUCUCGCAGACGGAACUACUCGGAAAACCACAAGCAAGGACAUCGGUUACCUCGAUGACGCUCAACUCCAACGAUCUCGAAAGAUGAUGGAAGAGAAAACGAGGCUAUAUAAUGCUAUGAAGCGUGGGGAUUAUGUUCCUCCGACUAAGAAGUUGAAAGGCGGCUGGGCCGGUGCUGAAGAAGACCGAGCGGGAAGUUUGAUCGACUUCGAUAGGAAAUGGGCGGAGAGAGAGGCGAAUAAGGAGGAUGAAGACGCGGAAACCUCGAGCGACGAUGAUCUCUCCGUUCGAUCAGACGACGAAGAAAUGGUAGAAUACGAAGAUGAAUUCGGUAGGACGAGGAAGCAGACUAAAAGGGAACAAAGAAUGUUACAACGGGAGGAUGCGAGAGCACGAGUUAUGGCUACGGGCUACGAUUCGGAUAGUGAAGAUGUGAGAAAGAGGAAAGUCGAUCAUAGUCGACUUAUCUACGAUGAUACCAUACAAACUGGUGCUUUUGAUCAUGAAGAAUUUGAACGAAGGGGCAGAGAGUUGGAAGAAGAAGCACGAAAUACCGCGCAAGACACUCAUUAUGACGCCACUAAGGAGGUUCGAACGAAGGGCGUUGCAUUUUAUCAGUUCUCUCAGGAUGCUGAGACUAGACAAAAGGAAAUGGACGCCUUGAAGGUUGAAAGAGAGAAUACACAGAAGGCUAAGGAGAAAAGAUUGGCUGAUAAGGAGGAGAGGAGAAAAGAGGUGGAGCGGAGAAGGGAAGAAUUGAAGAAUAGACGACAGGGAAAACAGGGAGAGAAAUGGCUGCAAAACUUCUUGGAAGAACAACCGGAACUCUUGAGCAAAGUCGAUUCCGCCCAGAAAUCGGAGCGUGACGACUGA